AUGGAUCUCAACAGCACAUGGAAUGGGAACUCCUUCCCUGUCAUUGACGGAGCUGAUGAAGAUUUUGUCACGUCGUUCAUGGGAGGGGCGCCCGGUUUCACUCCUGCGGGGCCAAGAACACCAGGCGCCGCAAACGUAUCAAUCGCCACGGGCAACUCGAGGCAGAUAGUUGGUUCUGUCAACACGACUUUUACAGGCCCGAUCCAGAACGUGACCAACAACUACACCAGCAGCCGUUGGCCUCGGCCUAGUGGAGACGACCUUCAGAGGCAGAGGUAUCGUCAGAUUUUGGAAUGGCUCUCGUCGAAGCCUCAAAAUCAUCGAAGCACGCUUAAGAGCGAAUCUUCCAAACGAGUAGAAGGCACUGGUACAUGGUUCUUUGAAUCCGAAACGUACCGCCAAUGGCUUUCUGGAUCUCUGCCUUGUCUGUGGCUUAUUGGAGGAGUCGGAACUGGGAAAACAGUUCUUUGUUCAUCAAUAAUCAGCAGCUUGCACAAUUUCACCAGGAGCGGCCGCUUGGCAUCCUCAGAAGUAUCGAUAUGCUUCUUCUUCUUCUCAUUCCAAGACAAUAUGAGGCAGUCAGUCUUGCAACUACUCAAAGUUCUUUUAGGACAACUUUGCAAGCCUUCGUUCAUUCCUGAACCUUUGGAAAGUUUAUAUGAACGUUGCCAAGAAGUGUACCCUCCAGACGAUCCUUCCAUUGAAGAGCUUCGAGAAGCUCUUAUUGAAUCACUCAGGGCCAACUGCACUAAGACAACCUCUGUCGAAUCGGAAGUUCUCCAAGACGUGUUCAUUCUCAUUGAUGCACUGGACGAAGUCCCAAACGACCAGAUAGAGUCUAUCACCACUCUCUUGCAGGAUCUCAGUCAGCUGGAAGUACCCAAGCUUCGAAUUUUAUGCACCAGCCGUUAUCAACCGGAUCUUGACAUGGCUCUGUCGCAGCCUGUUAGAUGGCAAAAGCAAGAUAUGAACAAAUCCUACAUUGUGCAGGAUGUCGAGAAAUUUGUCUUGAAUGCCUUGAGCUCGUCAAGGUUGAGGUUGUUGGACCAAAGGUUGAAGAACGACAUUGUCGAGCGCGCUGCCAGGCAAGGAGAAGGAAUGUUUCGUCUAGCUGCUCUCAAGAUUGACAUGCUCAAAGACCUGCCUCUACGAGGACAGGAUGAUGUGCGUCUGGCGUUGUCCGCAUUACCAACAACUCUCAACGAAACCUACGAGCAAAUGCUAGCCAAAAUACCGGACAAUAUCCGGGAGAUCGCCAUAUCUGCCUUGAAAUGGAUUGUCGCAGCUAAAAGGCCCCUAUUCGUUGAGGAGGUGGUAGACGCGGCUUACAUCCGCACGGACAGCCCACUAUCUGAGAAGCAACAUAACAACCGCUGCCCUGCCUCAGACCUCAUCCAAGUCCUUCGCGGGCUUGUCACAGUUCAGCCUCGCAUCCAAAACUUCGAGAAAAUUCCUUCAAGGCAACAUACAAUGAUGAUUUCUCACAACUCGGUUCAGGAGUUCUUGACAAGCGUGGAAAUCCGCAACACAACCACGAAAUCGUUUGGCUUCAACAUCGAAGCGGCAAAUGAAAUCGUUGGACGAGGGUGCAUUGUCUACCUUUACCAUUACAACCGAAGACAUGUCGAACCAAAGGAAGAAAGCCAUCCACUGUCCCGAUAUGCAUGGUUCAACUGGGAGCUACAUCUGAAGAAUUUUGAGGACGAAGAUCGGCACGCUAUGCCGCGAGUGUUUGCGGUCCGCCUGCUUAAACGCUUGAAAACGAAAUUCGAGAGCUCCAGAAUUGCAGCAAAUAUAGAGCAACUUUCAUCGACUACAAUGGCCCAGGGUUCAGCCAGCAAGUCAAAUUUUGACGACUGGAUUAGCUGGAUUCCAACCGAAGGAUUGUCCAUACUCUAUCAAUCCCUCAAUACCGCAUUCUUUACCCAGUCUUAUUGGGAGUACAUUCAUGAGAAAAAACUGUCCAGAGCAGAGAUAUAUUCAGCAUCUUCCCUGAGCUCAUGUCCGAGGAUGAUCAGACUUCUUAGCAUUCUUCCCCACCUCGACGCGGAAGACCCUUCAAAUUGGCGUGUUCUCUGCUGCCCUAUAGAACAAGCUCCAGUUUACACAGCAAUUUCGUUCACUUGGGGACCGCCAAUAUUAUCAGCAACCCGUUGUCUUCUUGACUUUGACAUAAAAAUAUCACCGAAUGCUGAUUUCAUACUUUCCACGCUGCCAUAUGUGACAUUUCACGCAGCAGAAACACCUAGGGCAUUUUGGAUGGACCAGAUCUGUAUCAAUCAGAAUGACAACGAGGAAAAAGCUGGCCAAAUUCCGCUUAUGCCAGAAAUUUAUCAUGGGGCUAGCGCCACCGUCAUCCAAUUACGCGGCCAACCGGAAGAGGGAGAUCAAUACGACGUCGAAUAUUUCUACCGCCUAGCAAAUCUCGCUUCCGCUGGAAACACUAUAGAAGCUGCGCAAACAUUAUUCGAGUUAUACCAAGACAACAAGUUACAACAUUUGCUGUAUCUGUUUGUCACCCCGUGGUGGACUCGUUUGUGGGUCUUGCAAGAAGCCAUAACAAGCCUCAACCCAAUAUUGAUGUAUGGGAAUCUCUCGAUACCUAUCGCAUCCGCAGAACAGAUAUUUGACGUCAUAGACGACAUUUACUCGAUUCUCGAUGAACAAUUCCCGUAUGAUGGUCUAAGAAUUCGACGGUGUUUGCAAGAAAUCGAUGGUUGGAACGCCGCGUUAAACAUCAUCAAAACUCGCAAGGAAUAUCAUCAUGGCGACAGGCCGACUCUCGCGCAACUCAUAUACCGGUUCAGUCAGCUGGAAUGCUAUGAUGCUCGCGAUCGACUGUAUGCGCUCGGUAGCAUAUCGCAACAUGAGUUCGAAAUCAAGAUAUCCUACUCGGAUGAUUAUCCCAUGAGACAGCUGUAUAAGGAAACGACCUUCAAUCUGCUAAUCCAGAUGAAAAGCUUGGACGCCGCAGCGUAUGCAUCAGUCACUAAUAACGAUUCUAUUCCUUCAUGGGUUCCCGAUUUCAGUAGACGGAUCUCCGGAAUGAUCCCGCUGUCGGCUGGUGGUUUCAAAGGGGUCAACUAUGUUGGAAACUUUGCGACGGAAGCUCUACGACGGAAUCUCAAAUUCGAGAUUGUUGGAGCCCCACGCAUCAAGAAUACGAUUCUUGAGUUGUCAGGCGUGAUUCUCACUUCUGUGAGUACGAUAUUUCCGUCGCUCAACCUUACCAAGCCUUAUGAUGAAGAUUGUCGCGACGCCUUUCGAACCCUCUCAGCCCAGCUCACUGGAUUUGGUUGGCGUAGUCACAGAGUGCCACAAAAAGCACGUCGUACAGCCAAGUGUUUCUCAGAUAGACUCAGAGUACCUCCGGGCCAGACAGCAACUGAGGUGGUAUGGAGGACGCUGUUGGCAAAUCAGUGGCCGGAUGGUGUGAAGUUGUGGGUGGACACAUACCGGGGGCAGACUAUCCCUCCCGUAACGCCCAGACUUUCUUAUAAGCUUUUCAGGUAUUUUGAUAUCACGGACAAGUUGGUGUUCAACACUGGACGGUGCCUAUUUUUGACAGCAGAAGGCUAUUUGGGACUUGGCCCGUGUGCGAUGUCUUCUGGCGACUCGAUCGCAAUGCUCGGCGGUGGAACUCUGCCCUUCAUUCUCCGUAAACGCGAUGGUGUAGAAGAUCCCAUAUGGUCUGUUAUUGGCGAGUGUUACGUUCAUGGUCUGGGAGGUGACGAAAAUUGGGCCGCCGAAAUGUGUACUAGGAUCGAAAGAUUUCGCCUUGCAUAG